AUGGAGGAACCUAUCGAGGAGCACAGGGUCAUUCCCGAACUCUAUUUUCUGGUAGCGAAAUUCCUCUCCGGGGGUCCUCUGAAGGAAACUGCAAAGACUUUGCUAAAAGAGUUGGAGAGUGUAGAGGUGCUGCCGCGUCGGCUCGACUGGGAGGGCACCGAACACUCGCAGUCCUACGACGAAUUGGCCAGCCGCUACGAAGAGCUACCAUGGGACCGGCUCGUAGACGUCUGCAGCCGCGCGCUGCGCCUCGCUCGCGGGGCAGAGGCAGCAGCCGAAGCCGCGUCACCGUCUACGUCAGCUGUAGCGCUGGCACCGCCUACGCCGGCGGCUACGCCCGCUGUGCCGUCAUCGGCGGCCGUGGAAAAAAGUCUAAAGGUGUUGGCACGCCUUUCCCUUCUGAGUGAUUCGCUCGUGCACGAUCGCCCUAAGUAUGCGUCGCAUUUGCAAGAUCACACUAUUGUGCGUCGGCUGGUCCGUCGCGAGCUGGGCAUCUCCCCCGCGACAUCGGCCGGCGGCCGCGGCGGGCAGGCCAUGUUCCCGCCGCGGAUGCUCAGCGGGCUGCAGCUGCAGCGGAGGACCCUCGGCCACUUGUCCGCCGUCUACUGCCUCGUGUUCGACUGCACAGGCAGAUACGUCAUCACGGGCGCGGACGACCUGCUGGUGAAGGUGUGGUCGGCCGUGGACGGGCGGCUGCUGUCGACGUUCCGCGGCGCGGGCGCGGAGAUCACGGACGUGUGCGUGUCGCGCGACGGGCAGCUGCUGGCGGCCGGCUCGGUGGAGCGGCUCGUGCGCGUCUGGUCGCUCGUGUGCGGCGCGCCUAAGGCCGUGCUCAGCGCGCACCAGGGGACCAUCACCUCGGUGCACUGGGCGCCGGGCAUGCGCGGCGACGUGCGCUGGCUGGCGUCGACGUCGACGGACGGCUCGGUGGCGUUCUGGACGUGCUCGGCCGACGGGCAGUUCCUGUCGCAGCCCGUGCAGUACGUGGAGCGCAUGCGGCCCGGCGCCUGCCACAUGAUCUGCGCCGCGUGGUCGGCGGGCGGCGCCUUCCUGGCGGCGGGCUCGGCCGACCAGCACGUGCGCGUGUACCAGCUGCCGGCCGGCGCCGGGCCGCCGCGCCGCGUGCUGGAGACGGCCGUGCACGCCGACGCCGUGGACUCGCUGUCGUGGGCGCGCGGCGGCCUGCGCCUGGUCUCGGGCAGCAAGGACGGCAGCGCCGCGCUGUGGGCGCUGCACGCCACGCAGUGGCGCCACACGCUGCUGCGCUGCGAGCCCGCGCGCGCCGACCACGACCCGCACAAGCGGCUCAAGGUGACGAUGGUGUGCUGGGACUGCAGCGACGCGUACGUCUUCACGGCGGUCUCCGACAACACGAUUCGGGUGUGGUGCUCGCGCACGUGCGCGCAGGUGCGCUGCCUGCUGGGCCACCGCGACGAGGCCUACGUGCUGGAGGCGCACCCCUUCCUGGCCGGGGUGGUGCUGUCGGCGGGCCACGACGGCCAGCUGUUCGUCUGGGACGCGGCGCGGGGGGAGGUGAUAGCGAAGUUCCACAACGAGAUCACGGGCCAAGGCGACGGCGCCAUCUUCGACGCGAAGUGGGGCAGCGCCUGCACCGUCGCAGCCUCCGACAGCCACGGACACCUGCUGCUGCUUGGCCUGGGCCAGGGCGACCCGCUGCUUAAGACGCUGCCCACCGAGCUCUUCUUCCACACCGACUACAGGCCACUCGCUCGGGCUCGGGCGAGGCGGGGUCGGGGCGGGGGACCUGCACAGGUGGCAGGUGGGGAGGAAGCGGGUCGGCGGCGCGCGGGGCGCAGGCCGCAGGGGGCGCCGCCGCGCCCGGCGCCCCGGCCCCGGCCCGUGGCGGUGAGUGCGGCCCUGGCGACGGUCGCCCGGCGCGGGCCUCGUCAAGCCCCGCUUCCUGCGCAGGUGCCGCGCGUGGUCCGCGCCUCGCCCGAGCCCGAGCUGGACGAGUCCGGCUCGUCGGACACGUCGGACGAGUCGGUCCGGCUGUCGGGCUCGGACCGCUCCGACCGGUCCCCCGGCCGUCCGCAGGCCGCGCGGACGCGGUACGCGCGGGCGCGCUCCGACCGGAACACCGUGUCCCACACCAGCAACACCGACGACACCUCAGUAUCAUAUUCGGACAGUAAAACAGAGGAGAGCUCGGAGUCGUCGCAGUACUCGGACUGGGAGGCGGGCGCUGCGCUGGCGCCGCCGGCGCGCGCGCGCAGGAGGCCGCUGCCCACCAAGCGGUACUGCCUCGCCCCGGCGCCUGCGAAGGGGGUUUGUCGAGACUCACGUCGACUCGUGCGCAGGUACAGCCCCGGCGCGGGCGGCGCCAAGCGCGCAGGCGCGGGCCCGGCGGCGCUGGCGCCAGGGCCGUCCGCGGGCGCGGCCCCGGCCGAGCUGCCCGAGGCCUUCCGGCCGGGCGAGUGGCUGUGCGCCGUGUCGCCGCGCAAGGCGCCCUACCACCCGCAGAUGGGCGACCACUGCCUCUACUUCCGGCUGGGCCACCAGCGGUACUUCGAGGCGGUGGCGGAGAAGGACGUGUACAAGGUCAACCCGAGGGACAAGCCGUGGGAGCGGGCGCACGUCUACGAGUGCGAGGCGGUGCAGGUGGUGGGCAUCAAGUACGCCAUCAAGCCGCCGCGUGUGGUGUGCCUGCGCCUGGCCUGCGCGACCGAGGCGCAGCGCGCGCGCAGCCUCACGGUGCGCUACCACGACAUGCCCGACGUCAUCGACUUCCUCGUGCUGCGCCAGCAGUACGACGCCGCCACGCAGCGCCACUGGGGGCAGGGAGACAGGUUCCGCUGCAUGAUCGACGACUCCUGGUGGACGGGCAUCGUCCUCGAGCGGGUGACGCCGGCCCGCGCAGAGGCGGACGCGGGCGCGGCCGCCGGGGGCACCCGCGAGGCCCGCGAGUGGGCCGCCGCCGCCUCCGCGCACUUCCUGAGCUUGAAAGUGAGGUGGGACAACGGCGAGGUGGAGAGGCUCAGCCCGUGGGACUUGGAGCCCUUGGACCCGGAAAGAUUGCCGGCGGAGCCCGGCGGAUCCGUCCCGGUGCUGCCGCACGAGCUGGAGGCAGCCCUAUAUCGCGCGGAGGCCAGCGAAUGGCCCCCGCGGGGGGACCGGCCCGCAGCUUGUCGCGCCAUCGCACAGCACAUCAGCCAGGUGAUGUGCCUGUCAGUGGCGGAGCCGUUCGUGGCGCCAGUGGACUUGCAGCUGUAUCCCUCGUACGCCAUGGUGGUGCCGUACCCCAUCGACUUGUCCACCAUCAAAGCCAGAUUCGACAACUUGUUCUACCGGCGCGCGGCGGCCGCGCAGUUCGACGUGCGCUACCUGGCCAGCAACGCGGAGCGGUUCAACCAGCCGCACUCGCCCAUCGUGCGCCAGGCGCGGCUCGUCACCGACCUGCUGCUGCACAUCAUCAGCCACUGGCGCGACGUGAACGUGGUAGCGAAGUACCACGAGCUGGCGGCCGCAUACCAAUCGUCAGACGACGAGCCGCUCGCGCACCAAGCCACCAAGUCUCGCCGCGCGGGCGCUUCGUCGUCGCGGUCGGGCGAGUGGAAGACCGCGUGCACCAACGUGUUGCGGGAGCUGAUGGCCUCUUCGGACUCGGAGCCCUUCCGCAGGCCGGUCUCCACAGACCAGGCGCCGGACUACCACCUGGUGAUCGAGCACCCGCUGGACCUGGGCACGAUCCAGGCGCGGCUGGCCGGCGACGAGUACGCGGCGGCGGAGCAGUUCGUGCGCGACGUGCGGCUCGUGUUCGCCAACAGCCGCGCGUACAACACCAACAAGCGGAGUCGGAUCUACUCCAUGACGGUGCGGCUGUCGGCGCUGUUCGAGUCGCUGUGGGCGCGCGCGCCGGCGCCGCGGCGGCUGCCCACGCGCAGCGGCGCGCGCAGGCCCGCCGCCAGGACGCGCCCGCUUCGACGGUCCCUUUUUUUCGUUGAAAUCCCAUCGAGUGGUGAUCCCGUUCAAAUUUAA